AUGGGCUCCUCUCCAUUCACCAUGAGGUCUAUCCUUGCAGUCUUUCUGCUCGUGGUGCAGCUCGCGUCUGCUCUGAAAUUCGACCUAGCUGCCACCUCGGGCAAGAACGAGCGAUGCAUUCGCAACUUCGUGUCCAAGGACCAGCUGGUCGUGGUGACUGCCAUUGUCAGCGGCCAGAAGGGUGAUGGCCAAAAGGUCAACAUGCAUAUCAAGGACUCCAUGGGCAACGACCAUGGUCGACCAAAGGAUAUUGUUGGCGAGGUUCGUCAGGCGUUCACUUCGACUGCGGACACCGCGUUCGAUGUCUGCAUCGAAAACCAGCUUUCUGGUCGUAGCUCCUCGUCAAACCCCUCCCGUGAGAUCGAAUUGGAUGUUGAGAUAGGCGCCGAUGCUCGCGACUGGUCUAGCAUCCAGGUUCAGGAAAAGCUUAAGCCCGUCGAGACCGACCUCCGCCGCAUCGAGGAGAUGGUUGCUGAUAUCGUGACUGAGAUGGAGUACCUGCGUGCACGAGAGCAGCGCCUGCGCGACACUAACGAGAGCACCAACGAGCGCGUGAAGUGGUUUGCAUUCGGCACGAUGGGCAUGCUGAUGGGGCUGGGAGCGUGGCAGGUUGUCUACCUGCGGGCUUACUUCCGCUCCAAGCAUCUGAUCUAG